GUGACCUCCCGGCUCAACCUGUGGAUCAGCAGAACCCAGGAAGCUGGAGGAGACCAGGACUCCCAGGAAGGAGGCAGCAUCUACUAAGAGGACCUCGUGGGGAAAGCAAGUCACCUCUCCCACAGAUACCCAGCUAUGACAGGAUGUGCCCAUAUAGGAGGGGCUAGAUCUACAGCCCAUGUGCCAGGCCUGGGGAUUUGGUCCGUGUUGGUCUCACUUCUCACUGCUCCCUGCGAAGCUUCCUUUCUAGUCCCUGAACCUCAAGACUGACUGGGUCUCAGUCCCUGGAACACCCAAGAAAACCUGAGAGAACUAUCCCUGCCAAAAGGGGUGCAAAGGGAGAGAGAGCUGGGCACUCUGCGUGAAUCUCACCCAGUUCCUUCUUUGCUGAAGCCAUUGGGCCCAGGAAGACAUUAAAUUCUUUACAUCCUACCAUUGGGGACACUGGAAGGGGCCAAAGGCCUGGUCACUCCACUCAAACCAUCUCCAGCAGGGGCAGAGAUUCCUGCUCAUCACUGUGGGAGCCUCUUACAGGGAAAGAGGGGGAGUAGAUAUAACCAGAACAGCCCCAACAGGGGUCAGAUGAGUUGUGGCACCUUCAGAGUCCUGUCUGAAAAGACUAUCUCAGUCCUGCUCAUCACUGAUGUCCCCAGCAGGGGUAUCCCUCUGGAAGGUCUGCCUCUCAUUUCUGCAAGUAGCUCCAUCUGCCUCUGAUUGACCUCUCUACCUACAUCCCCCACAAACAACCCUCCCCCCUUCCCUCGAUGGCUCCCAAGACCAGCUAUCCUGUCUGCUAACUCUUAUCUACCCAGGGCCAAAUGCUAGUUCCCAACGAGCAGACACUUACCAGGAUCUCUGCUGAGCCGGGCCCAAGGGCAGCAGACACCAUGUCGGACACAGAAGAAGUUGUGGAGGAGUAUGAAGAGGAACAGGAAGAAGAGGCUGAGGAAGAAGAGGAAGAUUGGCUAGAGGAAGAGGACGAACAAGAGCCAGCAGCUGAAGAGGAGGAGGCUGAGCCAGAGGUCGAGGAGACCAAAGUAGAAGAAACAGAACAAGGAGAAGAAGUUAAAGAAGUGGAAGAUGGCCCAGUGGAAGAAUCUAAACCGAAGCCCAAGCCAUUCAUGCCCAACCUGAUACCGCCAAAGAUCCCUGAUGGGGAGAGAGUGGAUUUUGAUGACAUCCACCGGAAGCGCAUGGAGAAGGACCUGAAUGAGCUACAGACGCUGAUCGAGGCUCACUUUGAGAAUCGAAAGAAGGAAGAGGAGGAGCUGAUCUCCUUGAAGGAUAGAAUCGAGAACAGGAGGGCUGAGCGAGCAGAACAGCAGCGCAUCCGGAGUGAACGGGAGAAGGAGAGGCAGAACCGUUUGGCAGAAGAAAAGGCCCGACGAGAGGAGGAAGAGAACAGAAGGAAGGCUGAAGAUGAUGCUCGGAAAAAAAAAGCUCUCUCCAACAUGAUGCACUUUGGUGGUUACAUUCAGAAGCAAGCUCAGACAGAACGAAAGACUGGGAAAAGGCAGACAGAAAGGGAAAAGAAAAAGAAGAUCUUGGCAGAGAGAAGGAAGGUGUUGGCUAUUGACCACCUGAAUGAAGAUCAGCUGAGGGAGAAAGCUAAGGAUCUAUGGAAAACCAUCUACAAUCUGGAAGCAGAGAAGUUUGACCUACAGGAGAGGUUCAAGCAACAGAAAUAUGAAAUUAAUGUUCUCCGAAACAGGAUCAAUGAUAACCAGAAAGUCUCCAAGACCCGAGGGAAGGCCAAAGUCACUGGUCGGUGGAAAUAGAAGAGGGUCAGAGAAUCUCAAUGGCAUGGAUGUUACAAGGGCCCUUGGAGGCCCAGCUUCUUCAGUGAUGAAUCCGCUAGAUGUUUCUCUAUUCCUCUGUGGUAUCGCAGCCCCACCCACUUUGUCGCCAGUUCCUUUGGUCCACUCUGGAGACCAGAGAGAGCUUUGAACUUGUAUGCACAGAGCUAGCCCAAAUAAAUGGCUAUUUCCCCUUCCCCAGAUAGACACCCACACAUA